AUGGCAGAAAAUACUGCUUCCGAUGCGCCCUCGGCCGACACGGCCGCAGAUCUGGAGCCUCUUUCUUGCGUAUCCUGCCGGGCCAAGAAGCUAAAGUGCGACCGCACUCAGGUUGAGGGCAUGUUGAAAGACAUUAAUGGAAAGGAGCCUAGUCAGGGCUCAACCGAGGAUCUUGAGCCAUCUGAAGGGAGCUUCGGCAACAUUGGUCUUGAUUCUGGGGAUCAUGCACCCCAUUUGUCUCCAGAUUUUGCCACAGAUCCCUUCUAUGAAACUGGGUCGGCUAGCAAGGAUGGAAACCAUCAGCAAAACUCUCAGCUCAUCGGCCUCGGCAUGACUGAAGCUUUGCCUCCAUUCGAGAUUAUAGAAGACUUGCAUGCGAUAUUCUUUGCUUCGGCGUACCACAUGGCCCCCGUCGUGCAUUCAGGGAGGUACCUGACCGCUUUCUACGGCGAUCCUUUGCGUCGUCCAGCCAUGUGCCUUCAAAACGCCAUCUGGGCACUGGCAUCUCAUGGCCACGUGAAAUACGAUGCCUACUCGGACAUAUUCUAUCGUCGCGCACGCCAUUACAUUGAGGCGGACGAAAUGAGAGAUGCUGGCGAGCAUUUCAUCACCCUGAACCAUGCACAGACUUGGGUCAUUCUCUCGACAUCUGUACGCAUCUGCCAGAUGAUGGGUCUCGAUCGGCUAGACGGUGGUAUUGAUGAUCUACCGCCUGCUUUGGGGCCUGCGCGGUCUUGGAUCGAGCUGGAGGAGAGGCGGCGUGUUUUCUGGGGAGCUUUUGCCAUUGACUGUCACGCUUCGAUAUCGACGGGCUGGCCCUACCUCAUCAAUGCAGAAGAUAUCAUGACCCGACUUCCUGCGUCCGAAGCCGCAUUCUCUUCUGGAGAGGAAGAAAAGACGGCCCAUCUGCACCAAGUAUUCGAAGGCGCUCCUUACGCGGGCUUUGCCGGGACAAUUGUUACUUGCCAGUUGUUCAAGUCGAUACUACGGCACGUACACAGACCAAAACCAGACGACAACCCGGCAGAUUUGGCGCAUGGUGGCUUCUGGAAACGUCAUAGGGAACUCGACAAUCAGCUUUCCAGUGUCUUCAUGUUUCUUCCAGAGAGAUUUCAGCUGCCAGCCAAUACGCGAGACCCUGGCGCCGUUCAUGUCAACCUCAACCUUCACGCUUCCAUUAUUUGCCUGCACCACGCGGCACUGGAACUUGCGGAAAUGCAUCAUCAUUCACAGUCGAUAAUAGAUGAAAGCUUACGCCGUUUAAGAACAUCCGCUGAAGAGGUUGUCAACAUUGUAAAAAUGACGGCUCACAGAACAGGCAUAUUUAAAAGCCCCAUGUGUGCGAUAGCCAUGUACUGUGCGACGACUGUAUAUAUCUACAUGGCAAAGACUGAUCCAUCAAAUGACAUCAGCCCCGUGGAUGUGUCCAAUCUUGAAGUCAUUAUCCGUUCCAUGGAAGCAAUCGGUCGCAGCCACCAAAUAACAAUGGCUCUUUUGCAGCAAGCAUGUCAUGAUAUCGAUACAAAUGGUCUGUCUCACAAAAUCAGAUUUCCAGCACUGACAAGAUAUCGUCAGUCAGGACUGUGUGGCAUGGGGAAUAUUCCUCUAUUUGUACGGAGCUCAGUAUCACGCAACACUGAAAUCUUGCCCGUCCUGCCAGGACGCUUGCCACUGGAGAACCCCAAAGGCCAGAGGCUUGAUGUUGUGUCUAGGGGCUCCGACGCGACUGUCAGGAGACUGACUGGGACCGAUUGCUACCAGCCCAUGAUCGGAGCCGCGACUAGAAACAUUGCUGGCGCCGCAGACCAAUCAACGGUGAUUGAUGUCAGCGAGCCCUACGCAAAUAAGCGACAGAGGACUUCGGACAGCCCUCUGUCGCAGGACAGGGAUGCCGGCAUCGCAUCGAUGCAAAACGCCACUGCGCAGAAUAACACGCCCGGAACCAACAACCCGUGGAAAACGGGGCCAAACAGUUUCGGCAGCGUGUUUUCGCUCCCUGAUCGGUCAUCGCCCUCCAACACAUCCUCACCGGUGCUUCAAAAUUCCGCCACCACCGCCACCGCCGCUCGCGCUGCCAGCAGCAGCAACGAGUCGCCAGCACCCGUCAGUGGUGUAGGGACGAGCACGGUCUUUGGCCUGGGAAACACGCCCGCGGAGAACCGGAUCGAUCUGAGGGUGUUUCAGGACCGCAUGCUCAAUUCAGCGUGGCCGAACCAGGACAACAUAUUUGCGGCGCAGAUUACCAAUUCGCUGAUUGACACUGGCGAGAUGCCCGGCGGGAUAAGCAUGCCGUGGAAUUUCUUCACCGACGAUGUACCCCCAUGGAACGGGCCAUGA